CUUUUAGGCUGCCGCAAGGCGCUGCAAAGCCAUGGUCCCGCCGCGGAAGCUGUUCCUCUUGAUCUUGAACUUCCUCAGCCUUGUACUCUUCUCCGGCACCGUCUUCGGCUGGACGGCGCUGUCUCAGAUCCUGGUGGAAGAGAACUUCUACGACUGGCUCUGCGACACAGCACCCUGCGAUGCCCAGACUGCCGCGCUGGAUGCGGCCUUUACGUUGGCGAGCACGGCCUAUGGCAUAUCCGCCCUGCCAGGGGGUCUUCUGCUGGACAAAGCCGGCCCCCUGGUGACCAUCAUCGUGGGGGGUGCCAUUGGCGUGCUGAGUGUCGCCGGCAUCGCGUGCCUGAGGUUUACCUUUCACACCUACCACGUGGAUCUGUUCCCGGUUUUCUUGGUGGGAGUGGCGGUGGGAGGAUCCCUGAUUCGCUUCUGUGGCUAUUCUGUCGGCUUCCUCUUCCCCUCCCACUCGGCCUUGCUCAUUGCUACUGCCAGCGUGCUGUUUGAUGGAAGUUGUUUGGUGUUCCCGCUCCUGCGUGCCAUCUUCAGUGCUGGGGUGGGAUAUGAGGCCCUGUUCGGCAGCUACGCCGGCUUCGGGCUCGUUCUUUUCAUACUACUCCCCAUAGCCUGGAAGAUGAACAUGCCGGAGAUGGAGCGCGUGCGUGCGGAAGCGAAGGCCAGACAACAGGCAGGGGGGUCCAUUGAGACGAAGACCAUCCUUCAGCAGAUGAAAAGCUUAGAGUUCUUGACGAUCUUCUUGUUCAGCACCGUGCAGCUCACGCAUUCAAACCUGUACAUCGGUUCUGUCAAUGAUGUGAACGCGGAGAUUGCGGAGAAGUCAGGUAGCACUGGGCAGCUUGCGCAUGUGAACACCAUCGUCUCCUUUGUGAUCCCCAUGGGCUUUGUGGCUGUCCCCGCCAUCACGGCCUCUAUCCGACGCUUCGGCAACGUGGGGACGCUGCAGAUCACCAACGUCCUGGGGAUACUGGUGAACCUGCUGCAGAUGAUGCCCAGCCUCUGGCUGCAGGCGAUCACCGUGUGCCUCUUUGCCACCUUCCGGGCGUACCUCUUCAGCAACGUGCCGCAGUUCAAUGCGCACUACUUCGGCGUCUUGAACAUGGGCAGGAUCCAAGGCAUCUGCUUCCUCUCGGGAGGUCUGCUGAAUUUGGUCCAGGUGCCCUUGAUCAACUACAGCCUGUUGACGCUGAAAGACUUCACUCUGAUGCUGGUGAUCUGCAUCGUGGCGACCCUGAUCCCGAUGAUUGCCUGCGUGGCUCUGCAGGUUCAAGAGAGGCGAAAGCUCAGGGAGAGCCUUCUGAGACCGGCCACACCGGUGCCCAGCGUGAGCUCCCGGCGCCGCAGCGCCUCGCUGGAGUCCAUCGCCUCCAUGGGCGAGGGCAUCCAGCGCUCCGCGUCUCUGGGCGUCCUGGCCUCCGCGAUGCACGGCAGCAGCACCUCCCUGCAGGUGAUGAGCCUCUGCCCCAGCAGCUCGGAGGGCAGCCCGGAGAACCAGAACCACGGUCUGUCCAUGGUGGAGGAAGCUGGCCCCAGCUUCCGCAGUGAUCGCUUGAGCACAAUGUGAAGACUGACACUGCGUGAGUCGGUGGAAGUUCCAGUCUUGGGGCACGCCGUGCACGGCAAGACCCAAAGUAGAGUCCAUGCUGCGCUCCUUUUUCGGCAAUGCGCAGCCAUUGUGCCCUCAAGGCAUGUGGAAGUAGCUCACUUGUUUUCGACUUCUGUUCACAAAUCAACGACCAGCUUGCAGCACUACGCUGCCAAGUUUCUCCCGUCGCCCCGCUCUUGACGGGCCUUGGGAUGCCAAUCCCUCAGGCAGCUCGUUUGCUUGGGACGUUUGGGCACCAAGGCGUGC